AUGAGCAAGGCGAAGCAAGCGCAACUGGCGUUGGAGGAGGCUUCGAGGCGGAUACAACCCGAACGCGCGACGACGGAGGAGAUGUACGACGCCGAGGAAGAUUGGACGGAUAAGUCGCAGUAUUACCCCACGGUGCUCACACGAAGUUCGCGCGAGGUCGAUGUCGGUGCCGUAGGCGAUACGGUUCGCGAAUCGACCGAGGACAAGUACGUGGUGCUUCAACUGCCGUCGGAUUUACCGCUUCGCAAGCGCAUCGCGAGCGAGGAGAUGGACGUGGACGGCGUCGUCACGCUCAGAGACGAUGAUCCAGACGACGAAGAUUCGGGUAUGGUGCGUGGCGUGUCCGAACUCUCCAAUGGACAGCUCGGGGAAUUGAAGAUUCACGCCGACGGUUCGGCGAAGCUGUACAUUGGAAACGCGGUGUUCGACGUCAUGCGAGGAACGCCGUACCAACACUCGGAGCAGCUCGCUCGAUUAGAUGGGGAUAGGCAACAGUGCGUCAUCAUGGGACCGACGAUCGCGCGCAUGACGUGCGUGCCGGACGUGACGCAGCUUUUGCUUUGA